AUGCAGGAUCAUAGUAACGAUGGCGAGGGAGAAGCAGCAGCAGCAGCAAGCGGUACUAUAGAGGACACAGCAGCAGCAGCAGCAGCAGCAGCAGGCGAUACAGCAGCAACAGGAGAUGCAACAACAGGAGAUGCUGCAGCAACAGGGAAGGAUGGCAUCGGUGCUACUGCAGCUGCAGCAACAACAGCAACAGCAGCAGCGGCAGCAGCAGCAUCUGAUGCUACAGCAGCAGGAACGCGUCUCGAUGAUUCUCCACCAGCGGCAACACCAACAGCAGCAGCAGCAACAACAACAACAGCAACAGCAGCAGCAGCAACAGCAGCAGCAGCAGCAGCAGCAGCAGCAGAAGAGUUGGUGCCUGCCCGUCCCUCUCGCAUGCGUCGUCCUGUAGCAUUAAGUGUAUCUGUAUAUAAUGGUGAUUGUGGGGGGCCCCCCGGGUGCGGGGCCCCUGGGGGGGCCCCCGGGGCCCCCCCUGGGCCCCCCGUUUGGGGGGGGCCCCCAAACCCUGUAUGGCAUUAUCAUUGUCCUAUGUGUACAUACACUGCAGCAAGAUUUAAAUUAAUUAAGCAGCAUGCGCUGCUGCUGCAUAAGGGGACAGCAGCAGACCCUAAUUUAUCCUCUGCAUGCAAGAAGUUAUGUCUUCUUUCUUAUCAUCAGCAAGAAGAUUAUUGGCUAGAGUUAGGGGAAUCUACACAACAUAUGCAUGCACAACAGUACCCUCUUUUGUCCUUGGGGGGCCCCCUACAGGGACAGGAUGGGGGCCCCAAACAGGAUGAGGAGGUGGGGGGCCCCAAGAAGGAGGGGAGCCCCACAGAUCCUCAUAGAGAGGAGACACAAGAUAAUAGCAACCAAGCAGCAGCAGCAGCAGCAACAGGAGGAGCAGCAGCAGCAGCAACAUGCGGAGACACCGCAGACAAUAAGCAGCAGACAGAACACACCGAACAAGGUAUUAUCCACAUACAAAGUAGGAGGGGACCACUAGGGGGCCCCCCUGGGGGCCCCCAAGGGGGGCCCCCAGGGGAGACCCAAAGCCCAGAGGGCUGUGGGGCCUCAGGUGUGAGACGUUUGCUAGACUAUGGAGCAGCAGCAACAGCAGCAACAGCAGCAGCAGGAGAGAACUCUGCUGCUGCAGAUACUUCUGCGGAUACCUGCAUGCACGUAGAUGGGGGGCCCCAAACAAUUGAUGAAGGGCCCCCUCUUGUACCCAUACCUAUUCAUAAGACAGCACGUAAGGAAGGGGGCCCGGGGGGGCCCCCUAUACAGCGCCCCCUAAAGAGUUGUCUUGCUGCGCACUCGCGUACGUGGGCAGCAGCAGGAGCAGCAGCAGCAGUAGGUGCUGCUGCUGCCUCUUCUGCUGCUCCCGGGAGUGAUGGACAACAGCUACUGCAAGACAAUCAAGACAAUCAACAGCAGCAGAAACAACAACAGCAGCAGCAGCAGCAACAGCAGCAGCAGCAGCAGCAGCAGCGACGGCGUGUUGCGUUUGGGUCUCAUGUAAGGGUACGACUAGUUGAUAAAGAACUCUCUACUAUGGAACAACUAGGGGCCCUCCUAGGGCCUGUCUUUGGCAACGCUUCGCCAAGAGGCGCAGCAGCAGCAGCAGCAGCAGCAGCAGCAGCAGAAGCAGAAGCAACUUGCUUAGAUGACGAAGAGAUGCCCACAGAUGGGCCCCAUGUGGAGCUUACAGGUCCUGAAUCAUCUGCAGCAGCAGCAGCAGCAGCAGCAGCAGCAGCAGUAGCAGCAGCACCCGCAGAGACCGUAGCAGCCACGGAUACAGCAACGAUGAGACCAGCAACAGCAGGAACGAUAACAGCAACAGCAGCAACACCGCCAGCAGCAGCAGCAGCAGCAGCAGCAGCAGAUUCUGAGCUCACUAGUAGGACCCAUAAUAGUACCUCCUUAGCAGAUACAGCGGAGAGGGGGGGCCCCAGGGGCCCCCUGCACAAGAAGAGAAGACAAACUGUUAAUAUACAGCAAAGAAAAGACCCAGCAGCUGACAUGCAGCAGCAGCAGCAACAGAAGCAGCAGCAGCAGCAUGAGCAGCAGCAGCUACUGGAAGAAGACGAACGUUCGCAGCGGCUGCUGCAGCUGCAGCAGCAAAAAGGGAAGAAGCAGCAGAUGAAAAAUCUGCAUGAGCAGCAGCAGCAAAUUUUGCUGCUGCAGCAGCAACAGCAGCAGCAGCAAGAGCAGCAACUGCAGCAGCAGCUACCUGAUGGAGCAGAAUGA